CGCACGGCCACGCACGCCUCCCUCACGUCAUUUCCAGGCGCCAGCAGCAGCUCAGCUUCGCGCCAAGCAGCUGAAGGAUUUGAGUCGAUGAGUGACAGCGAACAUUAAAACAACCUGAAAACAACCUGAAAACAACCUGAAAACAACCUCAGAACAACCUCAGACUAACGUGUUUGACAGCUGCUCGUCAUGGACAUCAGGCGGUUCUUCCAGCCGACUGCAGCCAAACCUGCAGCCGCCCCGCAUGGAGACAACAACACAGACCAGAAGAAGAAGAAGAAGAAGAAGUCUCUGUCUUCAGACGAGGACGUGAAGAAUAAAAACAAACAGAGCGCCAAGGUCAAAAACUCCAAAUCAGACGAGAAACAAAAGGACGGUGACAAGAAACGAAAGAAGCACGGAGUCAUUGAAUCAGACUCGGAGGAUGAGGCGAUAACGAGGAAGUCGAAGAAAUCCCCGAAAGAGAAACCGAAGAAGGCGAACGAGACGGAGACGCCUCCCAAAAAAGAUCCUGUGCAGUACGUCUCUGAAACAGACUCGGACAGCGACAACUUCCAGUCCUUGAAGAAAGUCUCCAAACCGAAGCAGAACGGCACGGCCAAGCCGACAAAGUCCGAAGCAGAGAGCGCUCGACCGGGAACCAAAGGCGGGGUGAAGUCUCCCGUCUCCACGCAGAAGAAACCUGCCGUGAAGUCUCCCAUCACGCCAAAGUCGGCACCGCCUCCUCAGCCCAAAAAGACCCCCACCUCGGUUAUGGACUACUUCGGCAGCGCGACGAUUCAUCGCUCGGAUAAGAAGCUCGUGGCCAGCAUCAAACGAAAGGCUCCGGUUCACGACGCUGAGGAUCUGAUAAGCGAUGAGCAGAUCGCCAGAGAGCUGCAGAUGGAUGAGGACAUGGAGCUGGAGAAGCAGGUCCACGAGGACGAGGAGUUUGCCCGAACACUGGCCAUGCUGGACGAGGAGCCUCAAGCAAAGAAGGCUCGUAAAGGCUCUGAUGAAAAACCGUCCCCGGCUGCUGGCAGCACGAGCAGCCCGUCAAAGACGAGACAAAGGAAGAGCGACGUGUCGGAGGACGUGAUUAGCCCGUCUCCGAAGAAGAACCCGGUCCCCGCCAAAACCAGCUCCAAGCUGGCCAUGAUGAAGAAAAGAGAUGAAGAGAAAGACGCCGGGCCGAAGAGCAAGACGCCAGCAUCGCCGGUAAAAAUGCAAAUCUCUCCCAAGAAGGAGAAGCUGACGCCUAAAACAGGAGCCACGCCCAGCUCGGUGAAGACUUCUCCCAAGAAACCCGAGAGCACAAGUACGAGUCCCGACGACGCAGAGAAGAGGAAGGGCAACGCUUCAGCUUACAGGAACUUCCUCAACAGAGACGGGCCGCGAGCUCUCGGCUCCAAGGAAAUCCCACAGGGUGCAGAGAACUGUUUGGAGGGCUGCAUGUUCGUGGUGACGGGCGUCCUGGAGUCCAUGGAGAGGGAUGACGCCAAAUCCCUGAUCGAGCGCUACGGAGGGAAGGUGACGGGCAACAUCAGCAAGAAGACCACGUACCUGGUGCAGGGCAGAGACGGCGGAGUGUCGAAGCUCGAGAAGGCGGAAAGUUUUGGUACCACGAUCCUGGAUGAGGACGGUCUGUUGGAGCUGAUCAGAACCAAACCAGGGAAGAAGUCCAAGUAUGAGAUCGUCGCAGAGGCCGAGGCCAAAGCUUCAAAGACCAGGACUCCCCCCAGCAAGAAAAACACCCCCAAAUCCCAGAAGAUCUCUCCCUCCAAGGGUAACUCCAGGUCCCCUCAGACACCGAGCCCCUCGAAGACCGGCCUGGCACAAGGCCACGCCGCCCGAACAAAACACGGCGGCACUCCACCUGGGAGAGGCUCGGGUCACACAGCCCGAAGGGACCUGGGCCUUUCCUCCUCCACGUCUUCAUCAGCACCUGCUGGACCGCCAUCGUCGAGCGGAGAGGGAGCCAGCUUGCUGUGGGUGGACAAGUACCGCCCGCGCUCUCUGAAGACCGUGAUCGGCCAGCAGGGAGAGCAGAGCUGUGCCAAUAAGCUGCUGCGCUGGCUGCAGAGCUGGCACAAACACCACGGCGGGGGCGCGUCGAAGCCACCAGCAGCGAGGUUCGGUAAGUUUGGAGGAGGGAAGGACGACGGAUCAGGAUUCAAAGCUGCUCUUCUCUCUGGACCUCCGGGGGUCGGGAAGACCACGACGGCCGCCCUGGUCUGUGAGGAGUUGGGCUUCAGCUUCGUGGAGAUGAACGCCAGCUGCACUCGCAGCAGAAACAACCUGAAGGAAGUCGUCGCGGAGUCGCUUAACAACACGAGCAUCGAGAACUUCUACAAAGGUACGUCUCAGACAGUGACCAGCAAACACGUCCUGAUCAUGGACGAGGUCGACGGCAUGGCCGGCAACGAGGACCGCGGAGGAAUCCAGGAGAUGAUCGGCCUGAUCAAGAAUUCAAAGAUUCCCAUCAUCUGCAUGUGCAACGAUCGCAACCACCAGAAGAUCCGAUCGCUGGCAAACUACUGCUUCGACCUGCGCUUCCAGAGGCCGCGAGUCGAACAGAUCAAGGGAGCCAUGAUGUCGCUCGCUUUCAAAGAGGGAAUAAAGAUCCCGCCUCCGGCUCUCAACGAAAUUAUCCUCGCCUCCAAUCAGGACGUCCGACAGGUGAUCCACAACCUGAGCAUGUGGUCGGCCAGGGACAAGGUGAUGACGUACGACCAGUGCAAGUCCGACGCGGCGCGAGCCCGAAAGGACAUGAAGAUGGGGCCGUUCGACGUCUGCAGGAAGGUGUUCGCCGCCGGGGAGGAGACCGCCCACAUGAGCCUCAUCGACAAGUCGGACCUCUUCUUCCACGACUACUCGCUCGCGCCGCUCUUUGUCCAAGAGAACUACCUGCAAGUUCGACCGAAGGCCGCCAGCGGCGAUCCGAAGUCUCACCUCGUGUUGCUCAGCAAGACGGCCGACUCCAUCUCUGACGGCGACCUCGUGGACAGACGGAUCCGCUCGGGACAGAACUGGUCACUGCUGCCCACUCAGGCGAUCUACGCCAGCGUGUUACCGGGCGAGCUCAUGAGAGGCUACAUGAGUCACUUCCCCACCUUCCCCAGCUGGCUCGGCAAGAACUCCUCCACCAGUAAACAUUCCCGCAUCGUCCAGGAGCUGUCGUCGCACAUGUGUUUGAAGACGAUGAGCAGCAGACAGGCUGUGAACCUGGACUACCUGUACUACCUGCGGCAGGCGCUGCUGAGCCCGCUGCAGAGGCACGGAGCGGAGGGCGCCGCUGAAGCCGUGCAGCUGCUGGACGACUACCAGCUCAUCAAGGAGGACGUGGACAGCAUCAUGGAGAUCAGCGUCUGGGGCGGACAGCCGGACCCGUACUCCAAACUGGACUCCAAGGUGAAGGCCGCGUUCACGCGGACCUACAACAAAGAAGUCCACCUGACGCCGUACUCCCUGCAAGUGGUGAAGAAGGGACGCCGUGGUGGUGGCGGGGAGUCAGAGCUGGGAGGCGAGGACGUGGACGAGGUGCAGGAGUCUGAAGAGGAGGGGGACAGCCUCAAAACGGACGCCAUGAUCAAACAGAAGAAGGCCAGAGCCACCAAGGAGGUGAAGAAGGAGAAGGAAGACUCCGGGAGGGGCAAAGGAAAGGGGACGGGCAAGGGGACGGGCAAGGGGAAAGGCAAGGCCAAGAAAUGACGAGAAACAUGCCGCCUCCUCCGCCCGCACAGACUGUAACGUUUCUCUCAGCACUUGCAACAAUCCUUUAACGAGAAGAGAGCAGUGAAAGUGUCUUAGCCUCUGCAGGUAAUCGCCUUUUUAAACGUCCUGUCAUGUUUCCAUCUGCCCGAUCAUCAUCAUGUCUCUGCAACGCUUUCCUCCGCUAUCAGUGUGUGUGUGUGUGGCCCGGCUGUUUCAGGGCUGUAAAUAUGUGAUGUUAAAAGACUGUUACUGUUUUCUACGACUACAACGCGUGAACGCUUUAGCUCUCCGGUUAGCGCUGAUGUUCUUGUAAAUUGCAAUUUUGUAAAAAAAAAAAAAAUGAAUAGAGAAAUGUGUCACUCA